GGGUGAUAGAUAAAUCCAGACAACACCCUAAACCGGUUUAAAGUAUAUUCCUAGUUACUGUAUGUGUGUGAGAGAAUGCCACGGGCUGCGCAGAAUUUCCAAGGCCCAAAAGUGCGGAGCUGUACAGAGCCAUGCUUGCGUCUUUGUUUGUUUUGCACGUUUCCAAGCGAUGAUAACGCGAAUUCGGUUAGCGUUUGAGGAAGCAGCCCCUAGAGUUGGCUUGCUCAGGUCUGGAUGUAUCUGAUUGGAGUAGCAGCAGUCAGAGUGGGUGAUCACAGGGAGGAGGGGAGAGACUCUGAAGUGGCUUUUCUGCGUGUGUGUGUGAUUCUCCAGCGGCCAUGUUAACCAAGAAACCCUGCGCUGCCGCUGCUGCUACUGCUGUCUACCCGACUGGCAAAGGGGGUGAGAUUUGCCAGCUACAGUCUUCCCCCGGACUGGGCAUCGGGGGUCCCCGGGCUGUAGCAGGGACUGAAGCCACAUCACCCGUCACACUACCACCACUCAGGAACAGCAACUCUCUCACGGCUGGAGGCAAUAAGCACACAAUGAAUGACCAUCUGCACGUCGGGAAUCACCAGCAGAUCCACGUCCAACAGCUGUUUGAGGAGAACAGCAACAAACGGACAGUGUUGACUGCACAACCCAACGGGUUGACACCCGUAGGUAGAGCAGGUCUGGCCAUGCCGGAGAAGCAGCAAGAAAGCAGCCAGUGUCGACAAGGCAGCUCAACUUCCAUCAAAUCAACUGAAAGCAAACCUAAGCCAGCGCCUUUGACUCCUGAGCAGGCCAUGAAACAGUACAUGUCAAAGCUUUCAGUGUUUGAACACCAAGAAAUCUUCAGCUACCCUGAGGUCUAUUUUAUAGGUCCAAAUGGGAAGAAAAGACAAGGUGUAGUUGGAGGGUCUAACAAUGGAGGUUAUGACGACGAUCAGGGCUCCUACAUUCAUGUGCCCCAUGACCAUAUAUCAUAUAGGUAUGAGGUACUAAAGGUUAUUGGUAAAGGCAGUUUUGGCCAGGUGGUGAAGGCCUAUGACCACAAGAACCACCAGCAGGUGGCCCUGAAAAUGGUCCGUAACGAAAAGCGAUUCCAUCGCCAAGCAGCUGAGGAAAUUCGCAUUCUGGAACAUUUGCGCAAGCAGGAUAAGGACUCCACCAUGAAUGUCAUCCACAUGCUGGAGAACUUUACAUUCCGCAACCAUAUCUGCAUGACGUUUGAGUUGCUCAGCAUGAACCUCUAUGAGCUCAUCAAGAAAAACAAGUUUCAGGGCUUCAGUUUGCCACUAGUGCGCAAGUUUGCACACUCCAUCUUACAGUGUCUGGACUCACUGCACAAGAACAGAAUUAUUCACUGCGACCUCAAACCUGAGAAUAUCCUUCUGAAGCAGCAGGGGCGCAGUGGGAUAAAAGUGAUUGACUUCGGCUCUAGCUGUUAUGAGCAUCAACGGGUCUACACUUACAUCCAGUCACGCUUCUACAGGGCCCCAGAGGUCAUUCUGGGUGCUCGAUAUGGGAUGCCAAUUGAUAUGUGGAGCUUAGGUUGUAUCUUAGCGGAAUUACUUACAGGGUACCCUCUCUUGCCUGGAGAAGAUGAAGGGGACCAACUAGCAUGUGUCAUAGAGCUGUUGGGUAUGCCCUCCCAGAAGCUACUGGAUUCAUCCAAGAGAGCAAAGAAUUUUAUCAGUUCGAAGGGAUAUCCCCGUUAUUGCACAGUCACAACCUUAGCUGAUGGCUCAGUGGGGUUGAAUGGGGGAAGGUCACGUAGGGGCAAACUCAGAGGUCCACCAGGCAGCAGGGACUGGGUGACAGCACUCAAAGGCUGUGAUGACCCCCUCUUCUUGGACUUUCUAAAACAGUGUCUAGAGUGGGACCCGUCCCUGCGUAUGACCCCUAGUCAGGCCCUCCGCCACCCAUGGCUCAGAAGACGCUUGCCAAAACCACCCACUGGGGACAAAACCACCGUAAAGCGGAUCACUGAGGGUACUGGUGCUAUAACUUCAAUCUCCAAAUUACCUCCCCCUUCUGGCUCAGCCACAAAGUUAAGGACUAACAUGGCACAAAUGACUGAUGCCAAUGGGAAUAUACAACAAAGGACAGUGUUGCCAAAAUUAGUCAGCUGAACACUAAUUUUUUUUCUUUUAAAUAAUGAUAUUGGAAAUUGUUAUUGCUAUUGGAAAGCUGAGCAUUCAGAAGCGUGGGUUUUUUAGGAAUGAGAGUCAUUAAUGCAUAUACACCAUUAAUGAACUGCUUCGUAGCACCUUUAGUUGGAUUUUUUUCAAAGGAAAGCUCAAAUGGCCAAGAAAGGGGGAACAACACUUUAAAGUUUUUUAUCUCUGGACUUUGCUGAAUGCUGCUUUGAAGGAGCAGUCUGGUUCUGCAAUCUGGUCUUUAGUAACAAAAAGUCCCACUUUGGUUUAAUACCUACAUAUUGUAGCAUAAAAAAGAAAAUUUAAUCACCACCCUCAGAUCCUGUCAGAUAAAUAGUGUGUUAAAGGUUAAAAAUGUAUUUACUAAAAGCUAUUUGAUCUGAGACCUGUUGCAUUGCAGCCUAAUGUUGUCAAUAUCAAGACAAGAUAAUUUUAUAAAACCCUCUAAGAGACUAUGUAAGAGAAACAGGUAAAAUGGAGAGUGGAUGUUGCAGACUGUAAUGAGGUAGCAAAGGGAAUCAAUGUUUACAUGAUAGACUUGGUAUGUGCCUAUAAAUCUCUUGACAUUCCUUAAAGACAUUAAAUGAGGAAAAAAGAGAGUGUCUAGAUUGAUGGCAAGUUUAAAGGAAUUUAUGCGGCUAAAUGGAGACGAUACUCAGCAGUACUUGACACUCUUGUAAUUAUAAGCUAUUCGCUGGAAGAGUUGCUUUUGAAAGUGUACUGUUCUGGAAGGAAAACAAACUUUGGUGCUUUACCUUUUUUAUUUAUGAUGUUUUUUAUAUCUUGAAACGUAACGCUUCUGGAACAAAACAGUGUUGUGUAAUCAGUUGAGUGAAGACUUAGUUUGAAGAUUAGGGUCAAGAAUGUUCUUUUUUUUUGUCUUGUAUCUAAAAUGAAUGCUUUUUUGCUGUGAUUAGGACUAAGAAUUUAAGAAUAGGAAAGCAGAACAUUGCAUUUACUUUAAUGCAAGCAAGUAAUCAUGCAUGAUACAUAUUUUAGAUGGACAUGGUUAUGGCAGAGUAUGUCACGAUUCAAGUCUCUAAACAAAUCUAUAACCACAAAGACAAUACAGAUGGCAACAUUGCAUAUCCUCAUAUUGUUACAUAAUCAUUGUGUGGACUUGCUAAUAUGAGGCCAGAGUUAAAAUUCUUAAAGGUUGUUCCCUUUUUAAAAAAUAAUGUUACAAAUAAGUUAUUAAUAACACUUUCCCCCCAAAUCCAAAACAGUUGGAUUUGAAAAAAAAUAUUUCUCUUUAGAACACAAAGACUGGCCAUUUUUGUAGCAUUUGUGACAUGGAAAGAAUAAUUUGACUGACAUGGGUGUAAAAGCUUAGUAAGUUUAACUUAUUUAUUUCAUUUUAUUGUGUCAAUGAAGAGCUAAUAUAGGAGGAACCAGUGGAGGUGGCUUGUAUAUCAAUGGAUCGAUUUACGGUGCAAUGCACAAAAAAUAUAUCUGCCACUACUUUGAAAUCCUACUUUAGCAGGGGGUAGUCCUGCUUAUUUUCACCCAGUCAUGGAUUGGGGGUGUGGAAGGAGGUCAAACUAUGGGCUGUCAGGGAGACCAGCAAAGCUGUAAUGCUCAUGUUGAUCCCUCCCCCUCCCCCACUAGAGGCUGGCACAGUGCCCACCAGGCCUAAUGCACACUGCACAGGGCCUAAGGCCCUUUUGGACACCCAUAGUGCUUUACAAAUGCAGACGUUACCUGCCAACAUCAGCAGGCAUUUCACAAUGUACUUUACACUGUUUUUAUUGUUCUGUGAAUUGACAGCAGUGUGGAAUAAUUGUGCCCUUAGGUUUAAUACAAUGUGCCUUUGGUUAUCAAUGCCAUUCAUUUUAUUUCAAACAACAGUUCUCCCUACCAUUUACUUUGAAAGACUCAUGGUGAUUCUCUUGCACAUGUUUGAGCAUUGCCCAAAGAUUGGCUACUUCCCAAACCUUGUUAAAUGGGACUUGGGGACAACUGGCCGCACAGUAGAGGUUGUACAUGCAUUUCAGACACUCAAUCUUUUUUUCUACUAUGAUUUGAGAGGAGUAAACAAAUAACUUUAGGGCCCUUUUCCACCUGGGAUGUCUUAGUAAGAGACAACAAUCACUGACAUAGAACAAGUGUCUUCACCACUGCAUUCAUGUUAUCUUAACAUCACAAGUAUUCACGGUGAUACAUUUGGUUUAUUUUAUUUCAAUACAAAUGAGAACACAUUUUAAUAUUUUACCUCAGACUGUUGUGAUAUUCUUGUACUUUACAAAUCCAGGGCAUUUGGUACAUACCAAAGUGCAUUCCUUUCUGUGUUAGUGGCUAUGUGGGAAAAGAAGCCAGAUUUUCUCUUUACCUGAUCAAGUGGCCAUUCAAGCCACUCAAGAGUAUGUCUUGAGAAUGUUAAUCUUCUGUGGAGAGGGAAGGAUGCUUGAGCUCUAUUAGACAGCCACGUCACCUGUUAAAAUGUCUGACAGAUGUAGCAUACCUCCAAACCUCGUGUUACUUGACAUGGCUGGAUGUAUCUUUUGAGCAGUAAAAACUGCAACCCCAUAAAAUACAGUGAGUAAGUUGUCAUCCUAGUGUGCAAUACAGUGGUAGCAUUGUUGGGGAAAAUCAAACCACAUGUCUGAAAGUUACAUUUUAAAAGGAUAUGCUUUUUACAGUUUUUAAAUGUAUGCCCUAACUCUUGAAUCUAGCUACCCACUGUCAGCUUCGUUUUUUAAAAACAAAUCUUUAACAGAGGAACAAAGUUGGCAAUGUUUAUAUUCAGCCACAGAAAUGUACUGUACAUAUGUGAAUUUGUUGAGAAUUCGAUGUGGAUGUGUACAUAUGUAUAAUGUUUUCAUUUUGUGAAAUGCUGCUGAAAACACUACAUAUAUUGCUGUAGUGGGGGUUUAAUGUUGGCGGCCAGUUUAAUGAUACUGUAUGUAUUGUACAGCUGAUGGAAGAAGAGGUUUUUUCUAGUGAUCAUUUGUUAAAUUUUAUUGUGUGGCUGGAAUAUAUUAAUAAUAAAAGUUUUAAUGUCAAUCUUUACAAAA